AUUCAAUUUGAGUGAAGAAACAAAAUCAAGCACAAAAAUGGCAAGCCACCAAAAUCAGGAUUUGAGCCACAAGGCAGGCGAGUUGACUGGUCAAGCUCAGGUAAAGAAAGAUGAGUUUCUAAACCAGGCAUCAAAUAUGUCUCAAUCUGUCCAGAAUAAGGCAUCAGAUAUGUCUCAAUCUGUCCAGAAUAAGGCAUCAAAUGCGUCUCAGUCUGUCCAGGAGAAGGCAUCAAAUGCAUCUGAAUCUACCCAGAACAAGGCAUCAAAUGCAUCUCAGUCUGCCCAAAACAAGGCAUCAGAUGCAUCUCACACUGCCCAAGACAUCAAGGACCAAGCCACCCAUCUCCUUCAACAGACAAGUGAGCAAGUGAAAAACAUGGCUCAAGGAGCAGCUGAAGCGGUUAAGAGCACUUUGGGAAUGAACAGCCCAAAUGACCCAAACAGUAACCCAAGCAACACAAACGUCAACCCAAGCAACUCAAGCAACCCAAGCAUUAACCCAAGCAACCCAAGGAUUUGAAGUGCUUUCUUCAAUAAUGCUAGCUUUGCCUUCACUCGCAUCAAAAGUUUUGAUGACGUGGUGUCAUGGCAAUUAGCCCUCCGCUGUGGAAAUGGCUAUGUUUUGUUUUUCUUUUGGAUGCAACAUAUUGCAUUUUUGUUCCUUUGUGUUUUGGUUUUUGGUAAAUAAAAGAAGACAUCCAUAUUCCUUCUU